CCAUCCCUUAAAUCCGGGCGAUAAGUACAAGCACAACCGGCUGUGACAUUUUUUGUAAUUUUGCGGAGCGAAUCGAUUUUUGUAUUGAAAUCCGUUGGAAGCAUGCUGUCGCUCAAAACGAAACUCGAGGUACUGGGUCAUCCCGGUUUCACCGAAGUGGUGAUAAGCGAUCGCAAGGAAUUCGCCAACACAGUCCUAUGGUUGGAGGACCAGAAGAUCCGGCUUUACUCCAUAGAGGAUCGCUGUAAGCUGCGCAAUGUCGACAACCCUGAGAUCUGGAAGGAGGGCUACAAGAAGUACUGUGCCGAUCUUAACAUGCCGCCCCUGGAGACCCGCCAGGAGCAGCUGUCCUGGAUUCUCAGCUAUGCCGUGCGCCUGGACUUCCUCGAUGAUCCUGACCAGUUUGCCUCGAUUAACAGCAAACAGGUGCCACCCCAAAGCAAUGGCAAGCAGACCCAACAGAAGGUCCAGGCUAUUUUCGAAGGAAAUAUUAAUACUCAGGAAAAAGCGUUCGUGGAUGCAGUCCGUCUGCUGGCCAGCAAACUGAAUGUGCCCCACCACCCGAACCAUCUGUUGCAGCUGGAGGCUAUCGCUCGCGUGGUACACGAACGCCUCUCGCCCGCCGCCAAGGAUCGCAAGCCGGUAUUGGGCAAACCCUUCCCUUUCGACAAGGGAAACGACGUCGUCUCGUCCAACGACCCGGCCCUGGACCUGCCCAUGCGCAUCCUACGUCUUCUCCAGAUCCAGAGCCUACGCGAGCUGCAGACACACAUCAAUGAGACCAUUGUGGCGGUGCAGAACAUCACGGCCAAUCCAAAGACUGAUACCAAGCUGGGGAAAGUGGGAUUCUAGGCGAUUAACAGUGAAGGACACAAUUACAGAGGUCUACAUGUAAAUUUGUUGCUUCGAAUGAAACAGAAGAGUUUUGAAAUUGUAUCUAUAAAAUAUCCUUU